AUGUCAUUCGUUCGCGACCUCAUGGGUGCGGCUGUCCUCGACUUCUCGCGACUGCGAGGCUUCCUCAGCAGCACUGCCAGCAGCAUGUACUCCGCGGGGCGGGCAAACUCCGAGGGGCAUCCGCACGCGCUCCUCGCGUCUUCCCUCGAGACGCGCUCGGCCCACUCGCCGCGCGCGUCCUUCGCGCCUGCCUCGUCCCGUGCCAAAGCGCGGGAAGAAGACUGGGAAGCACUGCUGAGGGAAACGUAUCUCUGUCUCCCCCACAUGAAAGCUGGCGAAGCUGCGGAAGCCGCGUACCUCGUCGGCACAAUGUACGAAGCCGGCAAAGGCGGCGAAGACAAACACGAAGUUCCCAUCGAGCUCAUCAAGGCGCUCCUCGUCCACGUUCUCCAGCGCGAUCCCGCGAGAAGCCUCGCCCCUGUCUCUCUCCACAGGUUCCUGCGGGUCUCGGCUCUCUUCCCCCACGCCGCCGACCGCGGCCUCUUGGAGGACUUGGCGCUGACUCUUGCGCGGCGAAACCGGCACCUCUCCGUCACGUCUCUCCAGUUGAUUGCGGAAGAUUUCUCCUCCUGCUACCUUCCGGGUUUCCAUCCUCUCUUUGUCUCUAUUGCAGAACAUCUCGCGAGUCGCCCUCGGGCAAUUUGUGGCGACGGGGGCGUCGCCGCUGAAAGCCGGAGCGUAGAGGGGAGGAAGGUGGAGCGAAUGGCAAGAGGCGAAGGCAACGAAGCGGCGGAUGGAAAAGAACCCGCGCGAGCGAUCCGACCGGACAGUGCCGCAAAGACCGAAAACGCGGAACCAGGGACGGGAGAACGAGGCGAGAGAUUCGUGAAGGAGAAGGAAGACGCCGUCACUGCCACGCAUGCCUGCUUCUUCUUCAACUCCUACUCUCGAACCAAUUGCCACCCUCCGCGUUUCUUCCAGCUCCUGUCUGACACCAUCGAAAGCAGCUUGGAGGCGCUUCACUGCAUGCAGUUUCCUGCGGCUCGCGCGACCGCCGCGCCGGUCAUCCUCGAGCGCUUCAGCUUUUCCAUUCUCGCGCUCGGCCUCAAAGGCAUGGUCAACUGCGGCUUCCAGGCCUCCGAGAAAUUCGUCCGCCUGGCAGGCGACCUCAUCCUCAACUACAUCGCGGCGCCCGAGGAGUCUGUUCUUCAUCAACGCGGCGAAAAACUCGACACCAAGAGUCUCCUCCGCGCCCUCACGUUCUUCUGCAAGGCGCGUCCUCUCUCGCUCUCUCCUGCCUCCACGCGUUUUUCUUCCUUGUCCUCCCCUUCUUUCUCUUCCUCCUCUUCUCCGUCUUCACCGUCGUCUCCGUCUUCCUCUUCGCAUCCAUCCCCGGACGCGACUCCCGUCUCCUCCGCCUCUCCGGCGUCUUCCUCGUUGUCUUCCGAGUCGCCUUCCCUGGCGUCCCCGGCGUCGUCUCCGGUGUUCAGGAUCGCCGCCUGCUUGGCUGACGAGCUCCCCGUCCACGCCUUCUGUCCGGACGACCUCGCUGACUUGAGCGUCGCCGUCCGCUGUAUGGACUCCCUGCUGCUUUCUGUCUUCUCCCCCCGGUCCCUUGCACUUCUUCUUCAGGACCUUGGACAGCCUCAAGGGCAACAGGGAACCUCCCGCGCCGGCUCCGAGGGCCGCGCGCGCCUUCUCGCGGAAGCGCGAGAACCUGCGGCACCUUCUCGGUCGCCCGAUCCCUCCGCUGCCUUUCUCUCGCCCGUGGGGCCCGCGUCUGCGCCUGAGUCUUCUCGGCAAGCCUCUUCUUCCUCUCCCGCCCCUGGCGCGUCUCUCGCCGCUGCGUCGACUUCGCCCUCGCCCCCGGUCUCCCCGGCCUCUCUAUCAGACGUCCCGUCCCCUCUGCGCGCCUGGCUCCAGCUCUACGACCGUCUCCAGUCGCGUUUCCUCGCGCUCCUGAAGCUCCAUCUGUCGAAUCUGCAUCCGUUUCAAAGGAUCUCGAUUCUCGACCAAAUGACGUCAACCUCCGCCUUCUUCCCGCCCGAGAUGAAACGGCCCACGAAGCACCCCUCCCUCCUCCUCGCCCUUCGAAGCGCCUCUUUCUGCGCCGCGCCGCUGGCCAACCCCGAAGGAACCACAGCCGAGGCCUCGCGGCUGGCGCGCCCGAUCGCUCACGCCCCCGCCCCGCCGGCGCUCUCGCCUGCGCUCGUCUCGCUGCUCAGGAGCAUCUACUACCGUCUUGCGUCGCUCAAUUUGCGUCUCCUUUCUCUCCUGCUGGCCUCGCUCCACUCGCUCCACUUCUCGCACGAAGGCCCCAGUCCCCCGUCGCGCACGCAGCAGCUCUGCGCCCCCCACAACAAAGACGCGCACUGGGCGAACGCGUUUCUGCACAUUCUGGGCCGAGAGAGCAUGCGCAAAGUGGGGACCGCCACGCCCGAGGAGAUGGCCGAGUUCCUGCUCAGAUACUUUGUCGACCUCGAGUGCUUCGACGUCUGCGUCGAGCCGUUAACCUUCUACGUGGAAAAGUAUGCGCUCUACGAAGCUGCGGUGAAACUCCACAUGAACACGCGCAAGGGACAAAAUGGCCACGACGGCAAGGGCAGCGUCAGGUUGUGGCGCGGCCCUGGCCUGGACGCCAAAUACACACACGGUCGCACUGUUUCGUCGUGGCGCAAACUGGCCAUGCUCCACGACCUCCGACCGCUGCCUCCCUGUGUCCUCGACGCUCUUGCGGUGACGCUUCAAACAGCCUCGCUGACUCCGCAAGCUCCCCCAGCCCUGCAGGAGCUGUCUGAGCGCGCGUCGGCCUUCGUGGAGAUGGUGGCCAAAAGGGCGGUUUGGGCAGCGCAGCUGGCCCUGGUGUCGGUUCUCCCUCACGUUCCUCUCCGACUUGCCUAG